CACGCCGGUAACAUAAUAUCUCCCAACAGGAUAAACCAAGUCUUAACUGCUACUUCUCUUAUCUUCAACUGAAACCCACAAACAGAGCUUCAAGUUUUCCAUUAAUGGAUAUUCUGAACCCCACAAAACCCCUUCGCUCAUCUCUAUUCAACACCCAUUUUCGCAAACCCACUCUUCUCCUUAACUCCAAAAUCCUUAAGCUCAAACCCCAAAUUCACACUCUUUACAGCAACAACAACAAGAGAAGUAGACUUUCUGUAACCAUUGUAACUUGUUGCAAGCUCAAAACAUCUAAAGAGAUCAAGGACAAGGACAAGAACGCGUCCGGGAAGAUUCUUCUAUCGAAUUCAGCUCCACCUGUUUUGUCAGAGGAGAGUGGUGGUGGUGGUGGUAAUGGAGAGAAAGUUCCAGUGAAGACAGGAACUGGAGCAUUGGGGUUCUUGAAGAGGUUGCCUAGAAAGGUUUUGUCUGUUUUGUCUAAUUUGCCUUUGGCUAUUGGAGAGAUGUUCUCUAUUGCUGUGCUAAUGGCUCUAGGUACUCUUAUUGAUCAAGGGGAGGCUCCAGAAUUCUAUUUCCAAAAGUUCCCAGAAGAGAAUCCUUUGUUAGGAUUCUUCACCUGGAAGUGGGUUCUCACCCUCGGGUUCGAUCACAUGUAUUCAUCCCCUGUUUUCCUGGGAAUGUUGGCUCUCUUAGGAGUAUCUCUUAUGGCCUGCACUUACACCACACAGAUCCCCCUGGCUAAGGUUGCGAGAAGGUGGAAUUACUUACAUUCUGCUGAUGCUAUUCGUAAACAGGAAUUUUCGGACAAUUUGCCCAGGGCAUCAGUUCAAGAUUUGGGUGUUAUUCUGAUGGGAGCUGGAUAUGAGGUAUUCUUGAAAGGACCCUCUCUAUAUGCAUUUAAGGGGCUGGCCGGUCGGUUUUCCCCUAUUGGAGUACAUUUAGCUAUGCUGCUGAUAAUGGCAGGAGCAACUCUUAGUGCCACUGGGAGCUUUAGAGGCUCAGUUACAGUUCCACAAGGACUGAAUUUUGUUGUAGGAGAUGUUCUGGGACCAAGUGGGUUUCUCUCAACUCCCACUGAAGCUUUCAAUACCGAGGUUCAUGUCAACAGAUUCUACAUGGACUACUAUGAUGGUGGUGAUAUCAAACAAUUUCACACUGACCUGUCACUAUUUGACCUUAAUGGGAAGGAGGUUAUGAGGAAAACAAUUAGUGUAAAUGACCCAUUACGUUAUGGUGGGAUCACUAUGUACCAGACAGACUGGAGUAUUUCCGCCUUGCAGGUACGCAAGGAUGAUGAAGGACCUUUCAAUUUGGCUAUGGCACCAUUAAAAAUCAGUGGAGACAAUAAACUCUAUGGAACCUUCUUACCAGUAGGGGAUGUCAACUCUCCUAAUGUCAAGGGAAUAUCAAUGCUUGCUCGUGAUCUACAAUCCAUCGUCCUAUAUGAUCAAGAAGGGAAAUUUGUUGGAGUGCGAAGACCCAACUCUAAGCUUCCGAUUGACAUAAAUGGCAUGAAAAUUAUUAUUGAAGAUGCAAUUGGAAGCAGCGGUCUUGAAUUAAAGACUGAUCCAGGUGUGCCCGUUGUGUAUGCUGGAUUUGGUGCUCUAAUGCUCACAACUUGCCUGAGUUACUUAUCUCAUUCACAGAUAUGGGCUUUACAAGACGGAACAGCAGUGAUUGUUGGAGGAAAGACUAACCGAGCAAAAGCUGAAUUUCAAUACGAGAUAAAUCUUUUGCUCGAUAAGGUUCCGGAGAUAGUUGAAUCGUCUCUUUCAAACCAAUCUGAUGUUGCAAGUGGCUAGUUUCCGCAGCUUGAAAUGAGAUGAACACUUACAAAGGGAUUUACAUGUGAUUCUGAAUUUUGAGGUAAAACCAAGAUACCAAUCCCUGAAAUCCAGCAUACACUCUAUCUGUAAGCCCGAGCUUGUUCCAUGGAGUUUAGCAUCUUGCAGAGCAUUGGAUUAUUCUUGUAAAUGUAUAGCUACAGGCAUUAUUAUAGACGACACUACAGCGUGUGGCCGCUGGGGCCUGAACUCGAGGCCCUAGAGAUUGUCCUUAAUCACCCAGUUGCCUAUCGACCAUUUUUUGUACUCGUGAAAGAUAUAUUUUUUUCACUCACUCGGAUUAUAUUGUCUCCAACUUCUCUUGGUUAUUAUAGUGGUGUGCUUUCGCA